UAUCCCUCAAAAAAGUAAAGUAAAAACUCGUUCCUAGCUUACAAUGGCAAAAACAAGUCACAUAGCUGUUAUUUCAAGCCCUGGUUUCAGCCACAUAGCCCCAAUAGUAGAAUUCUCCAAAAGAUUAGUCACAAAUCAUCCAAAUUUUCAUGUCACUUGCAUCAUUCCCUCACUUGGUUCACUGCAAGAUUCAUCAAAAUCAUACCUUGAAACAGUUCCACCAAACAUAAACUUAGUUUUUCUUCCACCAAUCAAUAAACAAGACUUACCUCAAGGAGUAUACCCAGGAAUCCUAAUUCAACUCACAGUUACACGCUCUCUACCAUCAAUUCAUCAAGCUCUCAAAUCAAUAAAUUCAAAAGCACCUUUAGUUGCUAUAAUUGCUGAUAAUUUUGCAUGGGAAGCACUAGAUUUUGCUAAAGAGUUCAAUUCUUUGUCUUAUGUUUACUUCCCUUGUUCAGCUUUUGUACUUUCUUUUUAUUUACAUUGGCCAAAACUUGAUGAAGAGGUUUCAUGUAAAUACAAAGAUUUACAAGAACCUAUAAAGUUACAAGGAUGUGUACCAAUUAAUGGUAUUGAUCUUCCUACAGUAACAAAAGAUAGAUCAGGUCAAGCUUACAAAAUGUAUCUUCAACGUGCUAAAGAUAUGUGUUUUGUUGAUGGAAUCUUGUUUAACAGUUUCUUUGCAUUGGAAUCAAGUGCUAUAAAAGCUUUGGAGCAAAAUGGUGAUGGAAAAAUCGGGUUUUUUCCGGUCGGACCCAUUACACAAAUAGGGUCAAGUAACAAUGAUGUUGUUGGCGAUGAACUUGAAUGUUUGAAAUGGUUGAAAAACCAACCACAAAAUUCUGUUUUGUAUGUUUCUUUUGGAAGUGUUGGAACACUUUCUCAAAGACAGAUUAAUGAACUAGCCUUUGGUUUGGAAUUGAGUAGCCAAAGAUUCAUUUGGGUUGUGAGACAACCAAGUGAUUCAGUUAGUGUUGUUUAUCUUAAAGAUGCAAAUGAAGAUCCACUGAAAUUUUUACCUAAAGGGUUUUUGGAAAGAACCAAAGAAAAAGGUUUUAUUUUGCCAUCAUGGGCACCUCAAGUUGAAAUACUAAAGCAAAAUUCAGUUGGUGGAUUUUUAAGUCAUUGUGGUUGGAAUUCGACUUUGGAAAGUAUACAAGAGGGGGUGCCAAUAGUAGCUUGGCCAUUGUUUGCCGAACAAGCAAUGAAUGCUGUUAUGUUAUGUGAUGGUCUUAAAGUGGCUUUAAGGUUGAAAUUUGAAGAUGAUGACAUUGUGGAAAAGGAGAAAAUUGCAAAGAUGAUUAAGUCUGUUAUGGAAGGGGAAGAAGGCAUGGCAAUGCGUGAUAGAAUGAAGAGUUUAAGAGAAGCUGCUGCUAUGGCAUUGAAUGCCAAAGAUGGUUCUUCAAUACAAACUAUUUCACACUUGGCUACUCAAUUGGAGAAGAUUGGUGGGAUUUAGGAAAAUAAUAUUGCUCUUAAUAUUUAUUUUUGUUAUUUUGAUGUUUCUAGUUAGGUGUCUAUUGGUUGUUUCCUUGAUUUACUUUUUAUGUGGUGUCUAUCGAUCGUUGACACAUAACAUAGACAAGUUCCAUGUUCCAUGUGCAAAGAAGGACAAAAUGGUUCUCAAAAGAAUUUGGAAAUGAGAUUAUUUUCCUCCAUGUAAUAAUUGCAUCAUUUCAAUAAUGGAAGAAUUUGGAAAGAGAAAUGAUAUUUGUACAACCAUUUUAUUA